CUGACGAUGUUGCAUUGGCACAUGCAGGAAGACGACCUUCCUCUUGGGAAUACCCUAGGAGACGUAUAUAGGUAGGUGGUAGCGAAGAUGUCCUGAAUCCUCUCUGUUACACUAUUUAUCUAUUCCGAGAGCUCAUUGCCCGUCACUCGCUUCCAAGCAACAAAAUGGUUCGUUGGGAACUUCCUCUCCUGGUCAGCGGUGGAGCUUGUGCCCUAGCUGCUGCCACUGGGUCAUCCUAUAUCGAGUAUUCCACUGUUCCAGGAUACUUCUUGCAAGACUUGAACUCCACGAACGCCACAACAUUUGACUAUACGACCGUGAACUUCGGUCUCAUCAACCAGACAUACCCAACCGACACGGUCAAUGCAGCACCUUUGACGCAAUGGCAGAGAUUUGCCAUCGUGGUCAAGUCUCUCAAUGCCAAUGCUCCCAAGAAUGUUGACUACAAAGUUCUGUUCCUGGGCCGCCACGGCGAAGGCUGGCACAACGCUGCCCAGACCUACUACGGGACUCCCGGUUGGAAUUGCUACUGGUCUCUGCUAGACGGCAAUGCUACCGCCACAUGGUCAGACGCGCAUUUGACCAACAACGGUAUCGCCCAAGCUCUGGUGGCCAACCAAUUCUGGCUGUCGCGCAUUGAGACUCAGAAGAUCACCACUCCACAGAGCUACUAUGUCUCCCCGCUUUCUCGAUGCCUCGAAACAGCCAACUUGACCUUCUCCGGUCUUCCUUUACCGGCAAAGAACCCUUUCAUUCCGACCAUCAAGGAGAAAAUGAGGGAAACCAUCUCCGAGCACACUUGCGACCGCCGCAGCAACAAGACGUACAUUCACGACAUGUUUCCAACGUGGCCUAUCGAGGCUAACUUCACCGAGUACGAUGAGCUGUGGACCGGUGUGACGGCAGAGACGGAUGGUGCUCAACAGACGCGAUCGAAGCAGUUGCUUGACCAGAUCUUCUCGACUGAUUGCUCGACUUGGAUGAGCUUUACAUCGCACUCGGGCGAGAUUGGGACGAUUUUGGAGGUUAUUGGACACCGGACGUUUUCCUUGAACACGGGCGCGGUCAUUCCACUGCUGGUCAAGGCUGAGACCCUGAGUCCUUCGCAAGUUACGAGUACCAUUUCCUCUGCGCCAGGGACGCCCAGUCCCCAUUGUACCGUGCCUCCGGUCACAAGCAUCAGCACGCUUUCGAAUGGUUGCGUGUGUCCUAACAGUGCGGCACCUGUGGAUAUCACCCUGGCGCCGUAUACGACAAGUUCUUAGGCCGUGGAAGUUGAGUGGCCGGGAAAAGCGCAGUAGCGUAU